AUGAGGAACCACACAGAGCUGAGUGAGUUCAUCCUGCUGGGAAUCCCUCAGACCCAGGGAGUGGAGACUAUGCUCUUUGUCCUCUUCUUGUUCAUUUACCUCUUCACGCUGGUCGGCAAUUUACUCAUCCUCAUAGCAAUCCUUUCCUCCUCUGCCCUUCACACCCCCAUGUACUUCUUCUUAGGACUGUUGUCCAUUUUUGAUAUAGUAUUGCCAACAGUGACCUGUCCCAAGAUGCUGUUCUAUCUCUCUGGCCAGAGCCGGGCCAUUUCUUACAAGGGCUGUGCCACACAGAUCUUCUUCUACCAUUUCCUGGGAGCUACUGAAGGCUGCCUUUAUUCUAUGAUGUCCUAUGACCGCUUUGUGGCCAUCUGCCACCCCCUGAGGUAUACACUCAUCAUGAGACCUGAAGUCUGCGUGGGUUUGGUUAUAGGAGCCUGGUCACUGGGCUGUGUUCAUGCCUCCAUCCUGACCUCCUUCACUUUUAGACUCAACUACUGUGGCCCGAAUCAGGUGGACUACUUCUUCUGCGACAUCCCGGCUGUCCUUCCGCUGGCUUGUGACGACACCUCGAAGGCCCAGACAGUAGGUUCCAUAGCCGUCAGCUUUCUGGCUCUACUGUAUUGGUGCACUAUUUGCCUCUCCUACCUGCGCAUUGGGAUUGCCAUUUUGAGGAUCCGGUCCACAGAGGGCAGGAAGAAAGCCUUCUCCACCUGCAGUGCCCACCUCGCUGCCAUCCUCUGUGCCCUUGGACCAAUAAUCAUCAUCUAUCUGCAGCCCACACCCAACCACUUGGUUGAUGCCAUAGUUCAAAUAUUUACUAAUAUCGUUUCGCCCAUGCUGAACUCACUCAUCUAUUCCUUAAGAAACAAAGAAGUGAAAACAUCACUGAAAAGAGUGUUUCAGAGAGUAAUGCUUUCUUCUGAAGAAUAA